AUGACCGAAUCCCACACUCAAGACACCUAUCGAGGCCCUCGUCACCAGGGAGAAUAUGAUCGUCUACGAACUCAACAUGAUCUAGUGAAAGCUUCAAUGGGCGGAAGGCUGCUCUAUUGCCCUGUAGAUCUAGAGCAACCCAAUCUCCGUAUAUUGGAUUCAGCCACUGCCGAGGGUAUGUGGUUGAUCGAUCUGGCUCAAUUGGUUUCCUCUUCGACGUCACUUUAUGGAACCGAUAUCGCCCCACAGCACUUUGUCAAUCAGAAUGAGAGACCUCCAAAUGUUCACCUUUCUCUUCAAUCAAUAUUUGACCCGUGGCCAGUCAAUUUCCAGAACAGCUUUGAUGUAGUGCACCAGCGCUUCGUUCUCACAGUCGGCUCCAAUGAAACAGCGCAAGAGGCUGUCAAAAUGUUGUUCUCAUGUGUGAAACCUGGAGGUUGGAUUGAGCUACAUGAAGGAAAUAUGCUUUCAAUUCAAGAAGGGCCCAAACAUGCAGCUUUUAUGAAAUUUCGCGAUACGAUGGUCAACGCAUGGGCAGCAAUAGGGAAUCAGCCGAGCCCAGGACUGUUCCUGGUACCGUGGUUACGAAGUAUUGGCGCUUUAAAUAUCUACGAAAGUGUGCAGACCAUCAAGGUUGGAGCUGCAUCGGAUGAUGAAGAGCAGGGCGAGAGGGCUAUAACUGUCUUGCUCCACCUUCUGGAUGGAAUGAAAAUUAUGCUUAGUGAUAAACCAGGACAGCUUACGUGCAAGGAGUUCGAUGAUCUUCGGAAGCAAUUGGAGGUGGAGCUUCGCACUGUUGGGAAUGUCUAUUGCUAUCAUCUCGCUUGGGCACAAAAAGCCUUAGAAAACUAA